AUGGCUUCUCGUGGCGUCGUCAUUUUUCUCCUCGCUGCUAUUCCCAUCUUGUGUUUAGAGCUCCGGCGUGGAAUUCCACAUCUAGGAAUUAGAGAUCUCAUAUUGCUUUGUGGCCAAAUUUUCUUACUACUUGCUGUUCUUACUUUAAUAAUUUCUGUGACUACCUCAUGGCUUAAAUCAUUUAAACGUUCCCAAGUCUGUCUGAAAGGUGAAGAAGAGGAGGAGAAUGAGAAAAGGCGAAAACUUGUGAGAAAACAACAACAAGAGAUACAGAGUGAAAAGGUAACACAUACUUUCUAGAGCUUGUUUAAACCUUCCCAGGAAAUGAAAUUGAAAAAACUAGAAGAGCGUUUUUAUCAGAUGACUGGUGAAACCUGGAAGUUAAGCAACGGUCACAAACUUGGGGUUCUUGAUUUACCUGAAGAACCACCUGAAACAGCUGAUGAAGUAGUUACUGUUGCUCUUCGGUGUCCAAGUGGACGUUUCCUGAGGAGACGGUUUUUUAAGUCUUGUCAGUCACAGGUCUUACUUGACUGGAUGAUGAAGAUUGGUUACCACACAUCCUUAUAUGCCCUUUCUACUUCCUUUCCCAGAAGGCCUCUGGACAUGAAGGGAAGUUGGACACUGGAGGAUAUAGGAAUAACUGUGGAUACUGUACUCAAUGUGGAAGAGAAAGAGCAAAGCAACUAA